AUUCAUAUUCCUUAGCCACGCCCUCUCCGUGACGUCACGUCAACACUCCGGCUCUCGCUGCCGGGGCUAAUGCAGUUACUAUUACUUAUACUUGGCAGCGCUUCAACAUACUUUAUUUUAAAUCUUUACUUACAAUUGUUGCUAAUUCCGCUCGUCUGCGACGCCACGACAGACUUUAGUGGUCGUUGAGCGGCGUUGAGUCGACGCCGACUAUCGACCGGAACACCCCCUGUGCGCCGCGGCUGCAGCCCCCCGAGCAUGGCCGGAUCCGGUGGCUAGGAAAGACGGUCAGUACCAUGCUGAGAGUAAUUUGGAGUUCCACGUGAUUUCAUUGCCAGCAACUUCGAGGAAGGACCCCAACCAUGCGUCGUCGCAGCGGGGCCUCUCCGCCGCCUCCCUCGGGCCAUGCCCACUGCCUGAGCUGUGUGAGCUCACGCUGCCGCGCCACGCCCGAGGCGCGCGUGUGCUGCGCGCAGGUGGGCUGCCCGUGCGCAUGCGGCGCCCGCUACCACGCGUGCAAGGGCGACGAGCACGCGCUGCUGUGCCCGCUGGAGCGCGUGCCCUGCAUCAACCGCGACUUCGGUUGCCCCUUCUCCAUGCAGCGGUGCAGGCUGGGUCAGCACCUGCAGACAUGCCCUGCCAGCGUGGUAUGCUGCAGCAUGGAAUGGAACCGCUGGCCCAUCAGCUACACGGACCGCAAGCUGUUUGAGCAGCUGUGUCGCCACGGAGACCCUGACAAGCAGCUGGACCUCGCCGUGGCUCAGCGCGACCAGAGGCUGCUGUUGCAGACUCUUCAGGGUGCGCGGCUCUUCCCAGAGCUCAUGCCAGAGUCACCAAUAAUGCCUUGCCCCACCGCUGAUGCUGCGUGUCCUACUCCUCCGGCUGGAAGUAAGGGUCAUCUCGAGAAGGACCUCCAGGACUUGUACAGAGCCACCAUGGAGACCACCAAGUGCCUGGAGGCCGCACUUGACCUUCUCAACAAUGGCACGGACCAUGCGACGGGAGGCCGUGGCUGUCCUGCGUCCCGGGACACAGAGGACACUGGUGACACGGACGAGGUCGUGAGAGCCAUCGUGGACACAUUUGACGCUGCCCUGUUCAGCAAGGAACGGUCGCAGCAGCGUGCCACCGCCAAGGCGGAGGCUUCCGUGGCGGGUUCGGGCAGCACCAUGGGGGGCCCCGCGGAGGACGGGCCGGUGCUGCCCCCUCCGCACAACGGCGUGACGGGGCCAGACGGCGGUGCCGCCGCGUCGCUCCCGCUAGCGGGAGGCUCCGACGGCACGGACUCAACUUCGUGCCAGAGCCAGCAGGGCAGCAUGCUCAUCCACUUUGGACAACGAGCGGCGUGCACGCCACGCGAACAAGACUUCGUCUACGGCUGCCUGGAGCCGCAGGCGAUCACCACUGUCAGCACUUUCAAGGUGCCGACGUCGUUCCGGGGCUACAAGUCGCGCUUGAGCGAUGCCAUGCAGUUCCGGCGCAGCCGUGAGGACCGAGCCGUGGAUACAAGCGACCUGGACUCGGGCGUGGACGAGGAGGGGGAGCACUCGAGCCUGGGCCGCAUGGACGUGCUCACGGCUGCCUUCAUGUAUUGCCUGGAGGGGGAGGCGCGGCCAGGCACAGGCAUCUCCGACAUGCGCAGCACUGGAGAUGGAUACCACGUCGAUGUGGGCACGCAGACUUUCGUCUUCCCCACGCUCCUGGCCUCCAAGGACUUCCUUGCGAACCUUGCCUCUGACACGGGAUUUCUCCGGAAGGAGGAGCUCGCUGUAUCACCACUGCCACAGGUUCUGGCGUUGGACCUGGUGCAAGACUGCGUCACCAUGUACCACACGAAGCAGCGCUCCGUGUUCACCUUCGUCUGCGGCCAGAGCUUCCGUCGUGACGAGUUCUCGUGGCACUUUCGCAACUCACACGGCGACGUACACUCGGCGCUCAACGGCUGGCUGGAGCAGCGCUGCCCGCUCGCGCACUACGGCUGUUCGCACUCGCAGCGCCGGCUGUGCCCCGUUGCACAGGGCUACCGGUUGGUGCACAGCGCGGAGAUGGGAGCUCUGGGCGUGAGCAUGAGCCAGCCGUCGCCAUCACCGUCAGGUGAUGCGAACGGCAGCGCUGACCAAUUGAGCGCGCUGCCCUUCGAGAUCGUGCGCCGCGUGGCCGCUAUGCUCGAUGGGUUCAGCCUUUGCCAGCUGGCGCUGGUGUCGCGCACGAUGCGCGACGUGUGCUCCAGCCUGCUGCACGAGCGCGGCAUGGUGGCGCUUGUGUGGGAGCGAACACGGGGGCCCGACGGUCGGGCCUUCUGGAGCACGAAAGCCAAGGCGUGGAGUUUCAGCACGGCGUUCGAGCCUGUGCGGCACUGGGCGUUCGCCGACACGCCCAGCAUGUCGGAGCACCUGCGCCACUGCCCCUGCUACACCGUGGAGGUUCGCACCGACGCCGUGCCGCUGCCCUGCAUGGGCGGGCCCCGCGAGCACGCGCGCCGAGCCCUGCGCAGGAGCCUGCGCCCCACCGUGUGACGCCGCGGCGUACGCACGAGCAGAGCCGAGAUGCGGGACGCGGUGGGGGAGCACGGCCGCUGCGGGCGAAAGCACCCCCCGUCUCGCCGUGUCGGCGUCUGACGGCCACGGUGGGCGCCUGCUGCACCAGCAGCCUGAAUAUGGGAUUGGUGGAUCGUGUAGAGAUUGGGCUGUCAGGUGCACAAGACAACCACCUGCAGAGCAACGGAGGUGUCUGUAAUGCCCCUUUUUCACUCCCACAUUCGAGCUAAGCCAGCGUGGGGCCCUCAGAGUACGGGUGGUUUUCCAUUUGCUCUCUGCCAUGCCGAGCCGCAACCAAACCUUGAUACGCCUGCCUCAGAAGACACCUAAAAUGUGACUCAAAGCCAUGUAGAGGCACCAGGGUCAGGGCUCAUGACACGUUCAUGGCAUGUGAUGUCAGCAGUGGGAAAAACAACCUUGGCACCUCCUGAGUUGGGCUGGUUCAGCACGGCUCUGGCGUGGGUUGAUGGUACAGUGGAUACGAGGUCUAUGAGGUGGUGUGGUUAGGAGGUUUCCGAGUUGCCGCUGGAGUUUUGGGAUUUAUUUUCUCAUGCUUUUUGGACUUUCUCCGGGCACUAGUUUUCUACAAUAAUGCAUACGUGCUCAUAAUUAAUAUGAGUUGGCAAAAAUCCCAAGCGGAAACCUCUUGAAAAGCGUAUGCUCUAAAAAAUAUAAGUGUGACAAGCCAGUCCGGCAAGUGAAUGGUUAUUUUUAGACUCUUAAGGUCACAUUUGAAUUAAGCUAAGCACAGCACUUAAAGUGUCGGAGUAACGAAGUGCACAUCCCUUUUGCAAUUAUGGUAUUUGUCGCAACACCAUAGCUUACAGCAUAAUGGAAUUUGCUCAAAUACUUUUAUUAUUUCUGUAACUAUAAAAUUCAAAAAUAGGAGAUAUAUUGUAAUAAGUUAAGCCGCGUGGUUCACAGUGUGCCAAGCUGUUGUGACCAUUUCGACAGCUGGGCUGUGGUCUCGCCAAACAUUCUCUGACCCACGAUGCUCACGUAACGCUGAUGCGCGCUGAAGCGAGUAAGUGCGUGUGACUACACGACCCACUUGAAACCCAGCUUCUUGUGCAUUCACGUCGAGUGUUACCAUUAAUAUUCCAAAGUUGGCACGCACUUUGUUUAACCUACACCGUCGCUAGUGGUCACGUUUAACAAUUUUCAGACCUCUCUGCAUACCUAACGGGUGCCUGUAUUGUAUUGCCUUCCUUGAACUAAGCAAUAGAUUUUUGUUGUAAAUGUCAAUUCUCAGCUUCCUAUAGAAGCCAACUUAUAGACGUUAACAUGAUGCUGGGGAUCACUCUUCUGCACUGCUGAUUGCCACAAAUGUGUGCGCAUAUCCAUUAUUCUGUCGCUUCAGCCAGGCCCAACUCCAUCGAGAUCUGUCAACAAGACCGGAGCAAAACCGAUGCUCAAUAAGGUCAUGACCACUUCGCUUUCCAGGACUAAUCUUACCUAAGCUUCACUUUGUACAUGCACAGCCAUGUUUUGUCAUUCCACUGCUGGACGAAGGCCUCUAUAACCGCCUGUGGGUUGUUGGCGUUAUCUGAAUACGCAAGUCAGCGUGUAUUGGUGAAGGUAGGGAGCGUCGAGGUGGGGGCAUAGUACAGUACAACAAUUGAUUUUGCUGCACUGCCCUUUGAUGUCCACCAUGUAUCCCCAAAGCAGCCCAGAGUGGUCACUCAUCCCAAGCGCUAUGCAGGCUUAACCCAUCUGACAAGAUGGGGCACCCUUCCGGUUAUUUGGUCAUCGGCUACAUCGCAGAUUAUGCUUCAGUUCAAUUGCCUUUUAAUGCCAAGGUUUCCCCCGUUUAUGGGUUCCCUAAAGGAAUUGAGCCAUAUUGAGCUUCCCACUCGGUCAGGUUGUGUGUUCUUUUUUCGUCUCACCACCUUUGCGAUCACAGCCCGAAGAAUAACGUUUAUAAACACAUCCCGCAAUGUUUGCAUUGUACAUUGUUUACAGCCUCGGAGGAGCAUGCGACGCUACUCCGUGUGGUUCAUAUGGACAGCAUUCGUGCCGUGGUGUCUCUGCAGUUAAGCCUGUGCUAAUGUAGUCUCGUUUCCCUCCUGGGUAAUCGGGGAGCCAAGCAUGCACCGUCCUCUAAGAGUAGGACAACAGGCGACCUUUUUCCGACACACGUCUGAUGGUCUCAUUGUACCCUCAACAAUCAAAUUACCCUACACCAAAUAAUUUCCCGGUGUGGCUUCAUUUAAAGGUAGGCAUGACCCAGUUGACAAAUAUCUUAAAACACAAUGCCCAACACAUAAAUGCCCACCACUGGAAGAGAUUUGGCGAGCAUUGCUUCUCAUGUGUGGAGCCACACUGAUAGUUGUGAAGCCGGUUGCCCUGACAUUACACUAACUUUGGUGUCUGCUAGCUCAGUUUGCACAGUUCAGGUGUGCCUUUUUCCACAGCAGUUGGUUCAACACAGAUCAUAAUAUAUGCAAAACGUGAUGCCUCUAACAGCAUAGGAUCCCGGCAUAUGAUUGUCUCAUUGUUCUGCAAUCAUGGCCACAGUUCUCUUGAAUUUGUGGUCUCGAGCGAGGCUGUGUGCAUUACACACGCAGUUUGGUGAUGUCAUGUGGCAUGCAAGGCUUAAUUUGGAGGACUGAUCCUUUGGUCGCCAUCACGCAUUUGGGUGUUUAAAAAUGAUCUUUUGCUCGUAUCCAGCCUGCACUCACUUUUUUGUCCAACGAGUUUCUCAUCGUUGUAUAGAGUGUGUUAGAAUUCGUUUAUUGUCAACGCAGAGGUGUUUGCAGUGCCCGAUUAAUGCAGGCGGGCACAUUUAAGGUGGAGUGUUUUUCAAUUGCAGGGCACUGUGAACCACAGCCUUUGAGAGGGGAAUUUGAAGGGAGUUGUAAACACCACAAGUGAAAAGAAUUACCAAAAUGAAAAAAAGGGCAGGUGGUCGUUGGGGUAGGGCUUGUGCCCGGGACUGAUUGGCUGAGCUAGGGUCAAGGCUUGUGUGCUCCAGCCCCAGACUCCCACCCUGCCAUGGCCAAGUUUGGCCUUUUCACUUUUUGUUCGCUUUUCACUUAUGGUGUUUACUGCGUCGCCGCGGCAAAAAGCGGAAUGCUUCCCCAAGCUCGGAGCCCAUGAGACGUUGGCUGCAGAAUGCUGUUCAUUACCAUCGUUUCACAAUAAAGUGUCCUGCAUGUGACAAUUAAAAGAGUUUCAUUUUUUUUUACAGGUAUUCUUACUCUUUUAAGACGCUACUUUUAAAUAAAAUCUGAUUUUUACAGGCCAUAUCUAAAAGAUCUUUUCACUCACCAGUGUAUCC